AUCCAAAGGAAGCGUCUCCCGAACUAGUUUGACAUCCGGAGUUACUGAGAUCAGCUGGGCGGUGUGAAACGCUACACAAUUCACCAGUGUACGAGAAGAUGGACCUCCUGUCGCUGUUGUUGUUGGUCGGCCUCUGCGUGCUUCAGUCCUCCAGUAAACCCAUGGAAAAGAAGGACCGCAUCCAUCACGACGCCCCCCUCAGCAACAAGGAGCACGAUGAUGACGAGAACUUCGACUACGACCACGAGGCUUUUCUCGGACAAGAGGAGGCAAAGACCUUUGACCAGCUCACCCCCGAGGAGAGCAAAGAGAGACUGGGUAAGAUUGUAGAAAAGAUUGACGAGGAUCACGACGGCUUUGUGACCGCUGAUGAGAUGAAACAGUGGAUCAAACAUGCUCAGAAGCGAUGGAUCUAUGACGAUGUGGACCGGCAGUGGCAAGCUCACGAUCUCAACUCAGACACUUAUGUCUCCUGGGAGGAAUACAAGAACGCUACCUACGGCUACAUCCUUGAUGAAGCAGAUCCCGAGGACGGUUUUAACUACAGGCAUAUGAUGGCUAGAGAUGAGCGCCGUUUCAAGAUGGCUGACCAUGAUGGUGACAUGAGGGCCAAUAAGGAAGAGUUUACAGCGUUUCUUCAUCCUGAGGAGUUUGACCACAUGAAGGAUAUUAUAGUGCUGGAGACCAUGGAGGACAUUGAUAAAAAUGGAGAUGGUUUCAUCGACCUUGAUGAAUAUAUUGGUGAUAUGUACAGUCAGAAUGAAGAUGCGAAUGAACCAGAAUGGGUGAAAACAGAAAGAGAACAGUUUACAGAGUUCAGGGAUAAAAACAAAGACGGCCGUAUGGAUAAGGACGAGACCCGUGACUGGAUCUUGCCCUCUGACUACGACCAUGCAGAGGCUGAGGCCAAACACCUGCUGUAUGAAUCUGAUGCAGAUGAGGACGGACGCCUCACAAAGCAGGAAAUUGUGGAUAAGUAUGACUUAUUUGUCGGGAGCCAAGCAACCGAUUUUGGAGAAGCACUGGUCCGACACGAUGAGUUUUAAUUUUGGAAACUUUGCACUUAAAAAAUGCAAAACGAACAAUAAUUUAUUUUAUGUUUUCAAGCAUACCACAUUGUGAAUCAUUACUGUGUUUACAAAACAUUUCUGUUCUUCCACAGCAUCUCGAUCAAAUGCAUUUUUUUAUUUUUGCUUUUUCCGUGAACACAUCUUUCGUAGAUUAACUCAUCACCGUUGGAUUCUGAUGUGAUUUCAAAUGCACUGAUGAAAUAGUAUUCAGGUCAGCUUGUGAAGUUUGUCAAGGUGUUGUGUAAAUGAUUGUCUGAUGGUCUAUGAUGCACUAAAAUGCGGCCAUAUAAUGCAGCAUAAUGGCAUGCAUGUAACCCGACAUGGCAUAGAGCAAUAACCGCCCAUUUGUGUUUUUACACGGCAUAUUAUAUGAACACUUUUUUUUUUAGGUAUA